GUAAAUGGUGAUUACGCUUGAGGAUUACUUCUUCCAUGGCCAUUCAUGGAGCUUCUUCCUCUUUCUUAGACUCUUCUUGUUCCAUCCGUCUAUGGAAUCAUGAUGUAUUCUUGAACUUUAGAGGUGAAGAUGUUCGCCGAAAGUUUCUUUCUCAUCUGUACCAUGGUUUGGAUAAAAGGAAAAUCAACACCUACAUAGACAAAAAUCUUGAAAGAGGAGAGGAAAUCUCAGCAGCACUUUUCAAAGCUAUUGAAGAAUCAAGGAUUUCUAUCGUUGUACUCUCUAAAAAUUAUGCAGAAUCAAGAUGGUGUUUGAACGAGCUAUUGAAAAUCCUCGAUUGCAAACAAACGAUGAAACAAAUUGUUCUACCAAUUUUUUACGGCGUAGAUCCAUCGGAAGUACGACAUCAAAAAGGGGAUUUUGGAAAAUCAUUUGAUAAACUUGGAGAUCAGCUCAAGGAUAACGUAAAGAUGUUGAAGUGGAAGGCAGCUUUAGAAGAAGUAGCCAACUUGUCCGGGUUCGAAUUAGGGAACAGGGACGAGUCAGAGUUUAUCCAAGAAAUCAUUCAAUGGGUGGACUCAACAAUAGCAUACCAUACACCUCUAAGUGUUGCCAAGUAUCCAAUGGGAAAAGAGGUCAGUGUCCAAAUAGAUGAAUUGAGUGGAAAGAAAUCUUUCAUGCUGGCAGCGAGGGAGUUAACUAUUAUAUGGGGAUCUGGAGAAACUCCACAAUACUGGGAAUGGAUUCCCUCAACUGAGUCACCGGUUCUACCCAAGUCUAGAUUCUCGGAAGUAGCUCUUCUUAGAAAGGUUUCUUGGCUUGACAUAAAAGGCAGAAUUGAGACAAAAAUCCUUUCCCCAAAAACAAAGUAUGGGGCAUACUUUAUCUACUCCAUGGUGGAUGGUUUCUAUGGGUUUCACAACCCUGUGAAAGUAUCCAUUAGACUGGGAAACGAGGUGGAAGGAGGUGAUGCUAUCAAUGCUUAUUUGAAUCCAAGAAUGUGGUCGGGUACACAGGAACAACGAUCGAAUGAGGAAUUAUUACUAAUUAAACGACAGGAUGGUCGACUUCCAAUCAAGAGAGAGGAUAUGUGGAUGGAGAUUGAGAUUGGAGAAUUCUUCACUGGCAGCCACGUUGAUAAUCGUGGCGAGGUCGAGAUGUGUUUGAAGGAGGUUCAAGUCCUUCACGAGAAGUCUGGCCUUGUUGUCCAUGGCAUUGAGCUUCGGCCAAAAUAAGAAAUUAGUUAAUUAGUAAAGAGAUUGGUGCCUAGCUAUUUUCCUUCUGAGCAAACGACAUUUGCUGUGAGACCUGGAGUUGUAUACAUUAUAUUAUGAGCAACGUUUUGAUGAGACUUUG